ACAAACAGCCGUGCACGCGCGGGGAAAAGCCCUUACUUAGUUUCAACCAAGAAACUCUGAAAGACUUCGCCUGCAACCUGAUCGACCAUGACUCCAACAACACUAUUCCGCCCACAACACGCAGCUGCAGUUUCUUAUAACAGGUCGCGUGAUUAAAGAGACCUGGGACUGGCUUUAAACUUGUUGAUUCUCCAAAAGUUAUGCGCAUAACACCCAGACCAGAUUUACGACACGAAAUUGGCGAGUUUGAAGAUGGAUGACGAUCGGGAGCGUCUGUUAGAAGAUCUUGAAAAGACAUAUUGUCCUCCCCUGGACGCAGCGUUGUUCGCCGCGAUCGCAUGCGACUUCGAUCUCUCCAAAGAUGACCAGGUUGCCCAGCUACGUGAAACUCUUGAUACCUUGAAGAUCUCUGCUAUUGAGCAAGAGGACCUCCCAUUUGAUCCUUCAGGAACAAGCGGAUUCAACUCCGGCAGCCUACUCGAUGGAGAUGGUAUCCCCUCCGAACGCAGCACCUCACGCAAUGAGACGUCGAAAUCAAGAGAAACCGAUCUGACCAGCCUGGGAUCGGAUAUUCCACCCUUAAACAUGGAAAGGGGAGGAUCUGGAGUCAGAAGUAAUGGAUCUCGACGUUCUUCGGCUGCCCCUGUGGGGUAUAUUAUUGGUCCCAACGGAUCGGCCAGCCUGACUGGAAUGACUCUGGAUGACAAAGUCUGCUACCUGAGUGAGAUGUUUCCGUCUGUGGAGGCGUUUACUAUCAAGCACACAUUGACCAAGUGUGACGAGGACGUGGACCGCUCGAUGGACGUCUUGCUUAAUUUGGCCUUUUUCGAGGAACAGGGGCCAUGUAAUGAUGAGGGCAAGGUGUCCAUCCCAAAAGGGAUAGAUGGGUUUCUCGGGGAAUCAAAUGACAACAAGGGGAAAAGGAAAGGGAAGAAGAAGAAGGGGAAAGAACGGGAUCUUUUGAGCUCAUCGAGCGAUCCACAAGACGGGGUCAAAGUUGUCAACAAGUGGGAGACCAGCAAGGCGGACGUCGAAUUUAUCUUCUCGAGAACGUCCCCGAUUCUGGCGAAAGAAGUGGUGGCUUCAGCAUACCAUUCCAACGGUGCAUCUCUUUCAGCAACUAUCAGAUCCCUCGCCACAUCGCAUGCACCUAAUGAUGCAGGGCAGAUCCUCGAAAAUCCGGUCAUGGCCACGCAGGUCGCGGAGCUUAGCCAGGAGUUUCCUACAAUUUCAAAAACAAACUUGGCCGGUCUACUGAAAAUCACGAGGAAUUCCAUAUCCGCUGCCAACGAACUCGCGUCGGCCAUGCUGGAUUGGCCAUCGCGCCCGCAGUUAUCUGACCUCAUCCGCAUCACUGCAGCACCGCCUGUGCUCGAUGAGGACAGAAGAGAACCGAAGAAAUCAAAGGCAAGCCAGCGAAUAGCACGAGACUAUGAAAGUGCACGGAGUGCUGCGGGCUCACAUCUUAUGGCUGGCGCAGAAGCCUUCAACAAAGCUUCUGCUGCUUACCGUCGUGGUAGGUCAGAUAAGUUGAUGGGAGGUGCAGCAGCGUACUACUCCGCGAUCGGUCGAGAGCACAUUGAGAGAGCAAAGCGUGAAGCUUCAGCGGCAGCAGACGCGUUGGUAGAGACCCAGUCUACAGCAGACUCUCUUGAUCUCCACGGUGUGACGGUGCAGGAUGCCGUUCGCAUUGCCAAUGACCGCGUAUCCCAAUGGUGGGAGUCUCUUGGAGAUGCAAAAUACACGAAUAGCGGGGGGUUGUUAACCCGGAGAGAGUAUCGAAUCGUGACCGGUGCAGGACGACACAGCCGGGAUGGUACCUCUCGAUUAGGGCCUGCAGUUGGGAAAAUGCUGGCUCGAGAAGGCUGGAGAGUUGAGAUUGGAGAAGGUGUCAUUACAGUUACCGGUAAGGUGCGGCGUCGUUGAAUAAUUUCGUUCGCGACAAGGACAAACGAUAUUGCUUAGUUUCAUCCAGAUACCCAGGAUUUCCGACAUUUUCUAUACCUGUUGCGAAAUUUCGAUUGUCCAUGUUAAUUGACAUUUUCUGGCAUUUGGUCUGUCUUGAUUAUCGACUUGUUGAUUAUUGAGGAACACCUAGCGAUGCAAACCAGACAUUUCUACUGCCGCGAAUGUACAUACAUAUGUUACGACGAAAUCAUAGAAGGUGGUAAAGAUCACCUUACCUAUAAUUUAUUAUCGAGCUGCUCAACUUCGUAAA